AUGGCUGGCCGCAGGAAGAGAAAGCCACGCCAGAAUGGGCAGAAUGGUUCUCCAUCAAAUCCGAUUCCAGCGAUUUGUGUGGAGGAACCGACACCGAUUGUCCACAAAAGGAGCCCGGGAAUGAGUAAUAGCGGUGUGGUGACAGCCCUUCCAAUGCCUCCAAUGACUUCUCUCCGAUGCCGUGCUCUUUCUGAGGGUCCAGGCACUUUUCAACAAGAGGCUCGACAAGCUCGACAUGAAGUCACGAAGUUGAGAAUGAGCUCGGGAAAGGGAAUGAGUGACAAAUUGUACCAGGGCGAUCGAACUUAUGCAAAUAUUGAAGAAUUCCUUUGCAAAAUGAUUGAUGACAAAACAAAACGUCGUCCAAUCAAAAAGAUUCUUGUGGCUACUAAUGGAAUCGCUGCUGUGAAAUGCAUGACGACGAUGAGAAAACAAUUGCAACAACUUUUCAACAAUGAUCACAUUGUGUCGUUCAUUUGUAUGACAACAGAACAGGAGAUUCGAUCAAAUGCUGAAUAUUUGAAAUUGGCUGAUAGCCUCGUGCAUUCACCGGGAGGAGACAACAAGAACAACUAUGCAAAUGUGCAUGAGAUUGUUUCUCAUGCUAUUGAGCACAAGGUUGAUGCCGUUUGGGCCGGUUGGGGUCACGCCUCGGAGAACCCAGAGCUACCGAAGAAACUUCACGAGAAUGGCAUUAUGUUCAUCGGCCCACCCAGCAAUGCUAUGUUCUCGCUUGGAGACAAAAUCGCUUCCAGCAUCAUUGCUCAGACUGUCAACAUCCCGACGAUCAACUGGUCUGGUUCUGGCCUUAAACUUGACAUCUCUGAAAGCCGAAAAGGCCCCAUUGAGGUCGCUCAGCACAUUUUUGACAAAGCUUGCGUGAAAUCGGUUCAAGAAGGUCUUGAAGCAAUGAGAAAAUGUGGAAUCACAUAUCCAAUGAUGAUCAAAGCAUCCGAGGGAGGCGGUGGAAAAGGAAUUCGUAACUGCAAGAAUGAAGCCGACUUCCGGGAGAAUUUCGAUCAAGUCAGGGCUGAGGUUCCCAAUUCACCAAUCUUCUUGAUGAAAUGCUUGGAAAACGCAAGACACAUCGAAGUACAACUCUUGGCUGAUCGAUAUGGAACAACAAUCCCAGUGUUCACUCGUGAUUGUUCAAUCCAACGCCGUUGUCAAAAGAUCAUUGAAGAAGCUCCAGCCUGCAUUGCACCCGAGAGAACAUUGAGGAAAAUGCAAGAGGAUGCUGUUCGAAUUGCAAAUCUUGUUGGGUACGAAUCAGCUGGAACUGUUGAGUACAUGUACCUUCCCGACGAGGACAAGUACUUCUUCCUAGAGUUGAACCCCAGACUUCAGGUGGAACACCCUUGCACCGAAAUGCUUGCCAACAUCAAUAUCCCGGCUAUUCAACUACAAAUCGCUAUGGGUGUCCCAUUGCACCGAAUUGAGGAAAUUCGUCUCUUCUACGACUUGGAUCGUUACGGAGAUUCUCCACUUCCCGUGCAACUUGUACGAACCGAUGCACAAUACGCUGUCAUCGCCGCUCGAAUCACCAGCGAGGAUCCCGAAGACUUCUUCCGUCCAUCAACUGGAUCUCUUGAGCAUCUCCAAUUUCGAUCAGCUCAAAAUGUUUGGGGAUACUUCUCGGUGUCAAGCGCUGGCAAAGUUCACGAGUUUGCUGAUUCUCAAUUUGGACAUCUCUUUGCUCGAGGACGUACUCGUCAUGAAGCUGUUUCAUCAAUGCUUUGCGCUCUUCAAGAACUCGAGCUUCGUGCCUCUUUUGCUUCACAGGUCUCCUAUCUGGUCGAUCUACUCAAGGAGCCCGAUUUCACACAGAACAAAUUCAACACUCAAUGGCUCGAUGCUCGAAUUGCCAACAAAGUUGUGCAGAAAGCUCCACUUCCUCGUCAUGAAAUGAUGGCCAUUUCAUCGGCUGUAAUUGGACACGCAAGAAUUGCGGCGGCUUUCAACAACUUCAAGAAUGCUGUGCAAAGAGGACAAGUGUUGCCGACAAAAGAUCUCACGGAGACUUUCCUCUUUGAUCUUGUCAAGGAUAUGAGCAUCUACAAGGUCCAAGUCACUCGAACCGGCCCGCUCACAUUCCGAAUCGAGCUCAAUGGAGCGAACACCGAGGUGGAGAUUCGUUUGCUCGGAGAUGGCUCGCUUCUCAUCACUCACAAUGAUCGUUGCUACACUUGCCAUCUUGAGGAGACAACCGAUAAGUUCAAGGUCACCAUCGGUCGCUCUCUCGUUGUCUUCGAGAAAGAUAACGAUCCAUCAGUGCUGAAGAGUCCCUACACUGGAAAGCUUCUCUCGUUCAAGAAAGAGAACCGCGAAUGGGUGAAUGUUGGACAAGUUUAUGCACAGAUCGAGUCGAUGAAGCUUGUAUUCAAUGUUGAAGUGAAAAGAGCUCCGGGAAGACUUGAGCAUGUUGCCAAAGAAGGAGAUCUCCUGUAUCCUGGAUCGGUGAUUGCUCGUUUGGUUGAUCAAAAAGAUUCCGAGAAAUACAAGCCUCAACCCUACACAACACCAUUUGAGGAAUGGAAAGAAGCCAGAGCUGCUCAGAAGACCCUAACUGAGACAAAGAAGUUCCAAGCGCUUGUCGAUCAAUGUGUGAAUAUCUUGAAUGGAACAGUUCCUCCUGGCACAGAAAGAAGAAUGCCCGAUAUUGUGAAUGAGCUCUUUGAGUGCCUCGAAAGCCCGAAAUUGGCUACUGCCAUGUGUUCGCAAGCCCUCAACUCAACUAGACUUCCAGAAGAGGUGCUCAAGAAAUUGAGAGAAGCUGAGAAGAUCGGUGGCUCGGAACGCUUCGAAAGAAUGCUCGUUGUGCUCAACAAUUACUUAAAAGGAUUGACUCCAUCAGAAUGGGAAACGGCAAAAGCUGUCUGCAACAAUCUCUACACAACUUGUGAUAUCCUCAAGGGUGGUUCAUUUGCUCACACAGUCCACGAGCUUAAUCAUCUCCUCAACGUCUACAAGAGUAUCGAGGCCUACUUUGAGGGAAGAACCUAUGAUGAUGCUGUGGCUAUGUUGAACCAAGAGUUCGAGACUGACAAGGAUCGUGUCGUGGCUGUGAUUUACUCGCACACGCAGAUCAAGAAGAAGAAUCUCUUGAUGCAAGCUCUUCUCAAUGCUGUUGAAUUGCGAGGAAUGCACUUGGUGGCACCAUUGGCCGAGAAUCUCCGCGAGAUCGGCAACAUGUUCCACACCGAGGAAGUCUCUGAGAAAUGUCGGAACUUGCUUCUCCAAAACAACUAUGUUAAGUACCGGAAAUUCGCUAACAAGGUUCUCUGGGAUGCUCAUGGAAUCCCUCUCAACAAGAGGGACACUUUGGAAGUGCAACCAGUGCAAGAAGCGAUUGAGGGAAUUCGAGGACAUUUGAGAGAAAUUGCCAUCGAGAAUGGAGACCAAGACACGCAACGAGUACUCAAGAUCAGUCCAUGGGUGCACAAGGUUCUUCACGAGUACUUCUUUGAUGAGGGAUGCGGUGAUCUGGCUGUUCGUGCCUACAUCAAUCUUCACUUCACCGCUGCUGGAGUUUCCGCCAAUAAACUUCAGUGUGGAGCAACCGCGUAUGAUUUCUCUGUCGAUGCCUCGUCACUUGUUCAUGCGAUGGCAAACUUUGAUUCUCAUCAACACAUCUCAAUCAUCAAGUUCCCAUCCUCAACUCAUCAAACUCUUUCCGCACUCACCGGAGAAAAGCUGGUGGAUGAGUUGAUCAUUCGCUACAAUCGUUUAAGAGGAGCUGUCAAUGGAAAGAAAUCUCCACUCCGUGUCACUUUCCUCGUCGAAAUGCCUGAAGAAGAAGCACUCACUCGUCGACAAAUCUCCAACCAUCGAGAAGCUCUCCUUGAAGAACUCCCAGCUAACACGAAGAAAGAAGACGAGACUUUGGCUAUCGCUGAUCGUGUGGCUCUCGAGGUUCAAAAAGCACUCGCCACACGUCUUGCUUCUUUCGAUGUAUCAGCUCAUGUGCUCGUUUGUCAACCAAAUCGUCCACUUGUCCAGUUGGAUAUGAUGACCACAGAACGAUUGGAGCUUUGGCGUCUCCCUGCUGAAGCGCAACUUGUCUCUGAUCGAUUCUCUUCUCUUCGCGUCUUCAAAUAUGAUGAUGUUGAUCGGAAACAUGCGAGACUCUUUGUGAGAGAGGUUGUUGAAGUCCCAGUCCGUGAUGCAAAACAGUUCUACGAUGAGACCCAAGCGGCUCUUCUCUCGGAAAUCGACUCAGCUUGUGGAGCGAUCAAUGUGACAAUGAGAAGAUUCGACAAACUGAGAAAGAGCGUCUAUGUGAGCAAUCACAUUCUCCUACAUGUCACUUUCCCGAAACUCCCGAGAGAUUUUACCAAGAACAACGAGAAGGAUUUGGACGAGCUUAUUGAGGAGGCAAUUCGCGAACAGAAGGCCAUUCUUCUCAAGCACUCAGUCACUGAGGUUGAGGUUGUUUUACCAAAAGUCGGAUCAGAUGGGCGACCACUCAAUCGGCGAAUCAAAUUCCACGACUCGACUGGAGUCACCGCCGAGUUUGGAAUCUUCGAUGAACAUCAGCGCUUGAUCCUUUCUCGCAAACUCUCGCAUCAACUCUACGGAGAAAAGCUCGCUCCUCACAGUAUCAUCCGGAAAAUUGAGAAGAAACGAGCUGUGACAAAAGGAAUGGGAACAACUUAUGUGUACGAUUUGCCAAUGUUGUUUGGACGAGCCGCUCUUGAACGCUGGAAGAUAUUGGAAGAAGAAGCGGGCACAUCAAAGGGAAAUCUCUUCAACAAACAACUUCAAUAUCUUUCUGAUGGACAACAAGAUGCUUACAACAAUGGAGAUUAUCGGCCAUUCUACUCGGAAAAUGAAUUGAUUGUGAGAGAUGGACAACUCCAAAAAAUCGUUGAUCGUGAUGAGCUCCGUCGCCGUGCCGACAACUGCAACAAUGAGACCGGUGUGGUUGCUUGGGAGCUCACUCUCUUCACUCCAGAGAAGCCCAAAGGAUUCACUUGCGUGGUGAUUUCCAAUGACAUCACAUUCCAAUCGGGUUCCUUUGCCAUGCCAGAAGAUCUUGUCUACACAGCCGCUUCAGAAUACUCACGCAAACACAAGCUUCCACGUGUGAAUCUUUCCGCCAAUUCGGGUGCUCGAAUCGGAAUUGCCGACGAGGUCGCUCAGUACUUCCGAGCCAAGUUCAAGAACCCGGAGAAGCCAGAAGAAGGCUUUGAUUACCUCUACGUGAACGCUGAUGUCGAUGAAAGAAUCAAGGAACAAAUCAUUUACGAGAAGAUGCCAAAUCAGAAUGAACUCCGUAUCAAGGCUGUAAUCGGGAGAAACAAUGAGAACAUCGGUGUCGAGAAUCUUCAAGGAUCUGGAUUGAUCGCUGGAGAGACAUCGGCCGCUUAUGAUCAGGUUCCAACUUAUUGCCUUGUCACCGGUCGCUCGGUUGGAAUCGGCGCCUACACAGCCCGUUUGGCUCACAGAAUUGUUCAGGCUCGUGCCUCUCAUUUGAUUCUCACCGGAGCCGGAGCUUUGAACACCGUGCUUGGAAAGGAGGUCUACACCUCAAACAACCAAUUGGGAGGAAUUCAAAUCAUGCACAAGAACGGUGUCACGCAUGCUGUUGUGGAAGAUGACUUUGAGGGAGUUUGCAAGGUGCUUCACUGGAUGAGCUAUCUUCCCGACGAGAUUACCUCCUUCCCUUAUGUACGCACAUUCGGUUUGGACUCAGCCCCAAGAACUGUCACUUUCCCAAUCGAAAGCGCCAAAAUUUACGAUGUUCGGCGAUUGAUUGACAGUCAAGAAUCAACUUCUUUCAAGGGAAUCUGUGACUCGAACUCCUUCGAUGAGAUCAUGUCAGACUGGGCAAAGACAAUCGUUGCCGGACGUGCCCGUCUUGGAGGAAUCCCGAUCGGAGUCGUUUCAUCGGAACUCCGCAAUGUGAAGACAACGAUCCCGGCUGAUCCAGCUUGCGCCGAUUCUCAAUCGAUCGAUGUUCAUCAAGCCGGUCAAGUCUGGUAUCCCGAUUCGGCUUUCAAGACCGCUGAGGCUAUCAAUGACUUCAAUCGUGAGCGACUUCCACUUCUCUUUAUCGCCUCACUCCGUGGUUUCUCUGGUGGUCAACAAGACAUGUACCAGAUGGUGCUCAAAUUCGGAGCUCAAAUUGUCGAUGCUUUGAGACAAUACAAGCAACCGGUGAUCAUCUACAUUCCAAGUGGAGGAGAGCUGCGUGGAGGAGCCUGGGUGGUGCUUGACUCAAAGAUCAACCCUGGAUUCAUUCAAAUGGUUGCUGAUGAAGAGUCUCGUGGAGGAAUCCUUGAACCACCGGCCGUUGUUGGAAUUAAGUUCAAAGCCGAUAAGAUGAGGGCUCUUCAACGCCGAAAUGACCCAAUCCUCAUUCAAUUGCAAGAGGAUUUAGAGGCUAUUAAGAAAACCGAGAAAGAUUGCUCUCUUGCCUCAACCGAAGCCAUCCGUCUUCGUCGUCUCAUCGAUGAACGCUCAGAAACCCUUCUCAAGCCGUAUCGAAGUGUCGCCGUUGAAUUGGCUGAUCUUCAUGAUAGAGCUGAGCGCAUGCAGAAGAAAGGAGCUGUUCAACAUGUCACCCCAUUGAAAGACUCGCGAAAUCUCUUCAUCGAGAUCUUGCGCACCGAGCUCACCAAAGUUGCUCUUUGUGAUAGGUACCUCGAGAAAGCCUCUCGUUCAGCGACUCGUCAAGAAGCAUAUGAAUGGGUGUCGGAGAAUUUGGCCAAGUUCAAGGAAAACUUUGAAGAUCUGGCACCUGCUGGACAGUUACCAGUUCUAGGAGAAUUCGUCGAGAGUGGAGCUGCCACAAAGGGACUUCAAACUGUACGAGAGGAGUCCGUGGAAAAAGAACUUCUUGCGCUGAGCGACGAAGAGUUGAUCAAUAUGAAGCGUUUACUCGAGAAAUGCGCAGCUGCUCGUCGGAUCUCUCUC